AUGGAGGAGGAGGACAACAACCAGCUGGCCUUCCUGGAUGUCCUCGUAUGCCGCACAGAUUGUGGUGAAUUAAAGACCAAACUGUUCAGGAAAGCGACAAAUACGAUGCAAGUACUGAACUUCAACAGCAACCACCCAAUCAGCCACAAACGCAGUUGUGUAAGGACGCCCUGUCAGAGUGUCGAAACGCACUGCAGUGGGCCGGAAGACAAGACUGCUGAACUACAAUACCUCCGACGGGUCUUCAAAGCCAAUGGCUAUCCGCGAAACUACGUCAACCGGUACACGCACGAAAGACGAAAGGCCAAGACGCACGGACUCCACAUUUUGGCGAGCGUCUCCGUAUGUCAAGAACGUUUCGGAAGCUGUCAGCCGCCUCCGCACACCACUCGGGGUUGGGGUCGCACACAGACCGGCGGCAACCAUCAGGCGUCAGGUAAUGAAACCGAGACCCACUGCCAUGACAAGAAACGUCUGGAGUCGUUUAUCGGAUCUGGUGCAGUUGCGGACAAAGGAACUACGUCGGAGAAACUGGAAGACAGCUCCGGAAUCGAAUGGCCGAACACGCCGCAGCAGCGCCGAUAA